CCACCGAAUCAGCAGUCAACAUUUACUCGCAGCUCAAACGCAGUUAACGUUUACAUUAACAACAACACAAAUGCAUAUAUGAGUAUGUUAAAUGAUCCGACACGGCCUAAAUAAGGUACAGGUGUACCACGACAAUCAUGGAAAAUAAUAUAAUAAUAUUACAAUCCAACACAAACAUAGAAAGACAUUACUGUAAACAAAGUUAACAAUGGAGGCGCCAAAAAACCAAAGCACGUGAGAACAGCAUUCACUAGCAACCAAAUGGCGGAGCUAGAGCAAGAAUACACUCGCACAAAAUACCUGGACCGAGCACGUCGCUUGGAGUUGACGGAAAAUUUUCAACUCAACAAGACGACUAUAAAAAUAUGGUUCCAGAAUAGAAGAAUGAAAGACAAAAAGAUUUUGACGGAGCACUUAGAAGAGUCUGAAGAAACCAGCACAACUGCUUCUUCCCCAGAUUUAGGCCCGCUUCCAGUAUAUCACAACAAUACAUUCAAUUGCCUAAUGUUUACUGAACGAAACUGACCAGCACCACCUUCUUCGAACGUGACGGCAUGUGAGCUACAAAUCUUACUUUAG